UCUAAGUGUCAACAAAGGAUGACACACCUGUCAGCCAAAAUGGAUGUCAACUUCCCAUGGGGAGCUGUGACAAGAGGGAUUUUAAAACACCACCACCACUAACAACUAGUGAUUCAAGGACUUAGUUGGGAAAACAACAACGAUUACAGUUCUGUUUGCCACUUGGAUGGAAAGAUAUCGUGAAAAUAAAAGUAGCAAAUGUCUCAAACUUCAAAACCUGCCUUGGCAUAAUAGUGCAAAACUAUGAUGCUAACUUUUUGUUCUGCUAAUGGACCGAUGAGCUUUAUCUUCCUAAGCAUGGAAGUGAAGAAUGACUCACCUGCAAUUUGAAAAUGUAAUCAUGAACUUUACAUUGCUCCACCCAGACCCAUUUCUCAGAUAACCACCAACCUGGGGGCAAGUCCCCUCCUACAGCAAUGAGCCCAGCAGAGUUAGUUACUAAUUAGGAAAAAUCAUCCAAUUAUGUCAACCUGCUGAGGAUGGCAAGCAUAUUUACUUCAUGUAGGCAGAAUUUCAUCCAAGACACUCCGGGGAAUGUCUAUAAAAAGGCUACCCAUACAGUGGUUCCGAGAAGGUCCUCCCUCCAAAAUCUCAAGACAGCAUUUCUGUGAUAACACUUGCCUGAUACCAUGUCUCUGCGACUUUCCAGCGGAUCCAGGAGGUCCGGUCCCCGCCCCAGCGCGGGAUCGCUCAGGCUCUCAAGCGGGGCAGCCAGCUAUGGGGCUAGCAACACUUGCGGCGUCUCUGGAAUUGGAAGCGGCUUCUCCUGUGCCUUCGGCAGCAGCUCCCUGGGGGGAAAUGCCGGGGCAGGCAGCUCCUGUGCCAGCUUCGCCCUGAAUGAGGGUGGUCUCCUCUCUGGCAAUGAGAAGGUGACCAUGCAGAACCUCAACGACCGCCUGGCCUCCUACCUGGACAACGUGCGAGCCCUGGAGGAGGCCAACGCUGAGCUGGAGGUGAAGAUCAAGAGCUGGUAUGAGAAGUAUGGGCCUGGUUCCUGCCGUGGCCUUGAUCACGACUACAGCAGAUACCUCCCAAUCAUCGAUGACCUUAAAGCCCAGAUCAUCGCUGCCACCACCAGCAAUGCCAAUGCCGUGCUGCAGAUCGACAAUGCCCGGCUUACGGCGGACGACUUCAGACUCAAGUAUGAAAAUGAGCUGGCUCUGCACCAGAGUGUGGAGGCGGAUGUCAACGGGCUGCGGAGGGUCCUGGAUGAGAUCACCCUGUGCAGAACUGACCUGGAGAUUCAGUAUGAAACCCUCAGCGAGGAGAUGACCUACCUCAAGAAGAACCACAAGGAGGAAAUGCAAGUUCUGCAGUGCGCUGCCGGAGGCAAUGUGAACGUGGAGAUGAACGCGGCCCCCGGCGUGGACCUCACCUUGCUGCUGAACAACAUGCGCUCCGAGUACGAAGCCCUGGCCGAGCAGAACCGCAGAGAUGCCGAGGCCUGGUUCAAUGAGAAGAGCGCGUCGCUGCAGCAGCAGAUCUCCGAGGACGUGGGCGCCACCACCUCAGCGCGCAACGAGCUGACGGAGAUGAAGCGAACCCUGCAGACUCUGGAGAUCGAGCUGCAGUCUCUCCUGGCCACGAAACACUCGCUGGAGUGCUCCCUGACGGAGACCGAGGGCAACUACUGCACGCAGCUCGCGCAGAUCCAGGCGCAGAUCGGGGCCCUGGAGGAGCAGCUGCACCAGGUCCGCACUGAGACCGAGGGCCAGAAACUCGAGUACGAGCAGCUCCUGGACGUCAAGGUCCACCUGGAGAAGGAAAUUGACACCUACUGCCUCCUCAUCGGAGGAGACGAAGGGGCUUGUAAAUCUGGGAGUUACAAGUCUAAAGAUUAUGGCUCUGGAAAUGUGGUAAAUCAAAUCAAAGAUUCGACAAAAGCCAUUGUGGUAAAGAAAGUUCUGGAAGAGGUAGAUCAACGCAGCAAGAUUCUUACCACCCGGCUCCACUCACUGGAGGAGAAAUCUCCAAGCAAUUAA